GCCUUCUUUUCUCUAUUUAAGCGCGCCAACGAAGACACAGGAGGUCCAUCUGUACUUCAUUCAAGCUGCACCAGACCGUCGGUUUUGUGUCUCUCUGCCGUCUCUACUGUCCUCCUGAAAGCAUGCCAGAGGAAACGUCCGCCGCGUCCAGUUCCGGGAGUGUGGAGGAGAAGCCGUGCUCCUCGUCAGCGGCUGCAGCAGACAGCUCUGUUGACGUCAUGGAGGAGGCAAAGAAGCUGAUAGGCACAGGGAACAGGCAUCUCGUGAUGGGAGAUGUUGUUUCCGCUGUCAGUGUCUUCCAGGACGCCUGCGGCAUGUUGGCUGAGAGGUACGGGGACACUGCAGAUGAGUGUGGUGAGGCCUUUUUCCUGUGUGGGAAGUCCCUACUGGAGCUUGCCAGGAUGGAGAACACUGUCCUCGGUAAUGCCCUGGAGGGAGUCCCAGAAGAAUCUGAGGAAGAGGAGCAACCUAGCAACCCAAAUAUUGAAAGUGCCAACAACCUGGAUGAAAAAACUAGAGAUGAGCUACGAAAGCAGGUGUAUGAUGCGAUGGCAGAGGAGGAAAAGACUGAGGCAGUUGACACUAAGCUGGAGUCAGAGGGUGGGAAGAUCUUCACUGAAGUGAAAAAGGAAAACGGUGUGGCGAAGUCCCCAGCCAAACACGCUGUUAAUGGAUCAGAGAAACCCCGUGUUUCACCUGUAAACGGGGAAGAGAAGAGUACAGUCCAGGAAGACAAAGUGAAUGGAGUUGAGAAGAGCCUGGGUGCUCUGAACGGUGUGGGGCAAAGUCCUACUGGGUCUCCUGGAAAAGAAACCGUGACGGAGAACAAGGUUGAAGUUUCAAAAGAGCUGAAUGGCGAGAAGACGGAGGCAAAGCCAGAGGAAGGAGAAGACGAGGGAUCCAAACCAGAGGCUGAACAGGAUGAGGAGGAACCAGAGGAUGAUGAUGACGACGAUGAUGAUGAUGAUGACGAUGAGGAUGGAGAGAAAAAUGGUGACGAUAAGGAAGAGGAAGAAGUUGGAAAUUUGCAGUUGGCAUGGGAGAUGCUGGAGGUAGCGAAAGUCAUCUACAAAAGAAAGGAAAGCAAAGAUGACCAGCUAAUGGCAGCCCAGGCAUAUCUGAAACUUGGAGAAGUCAGUGCUGAAUCAGGUAACUAUCCUCAGGCGCUAGACGACUUCCAGGAGUGUCUCACCCUGCAGCUGAAGCAUUUGCCUCCUCACAGUCGUCUGCUGGCUGAGACCCACUACCAUGUCGCAACUACGCUGUGCUACAUGGAUCAGUACAGCCAGGCCAUCCAGCACUACAACAGCUCCAUAAAGGUCAUCGAGACCCGCCUGGCCAUGCUGCAGGAGGUGAUAGACGCAGCAGAGGGUGCAGACGGGGCAGCGGAAGAGAAGACUGAGAUAGAAGAGCUGAAGCGGCUUCUGCCUGACAUCAAGGAAAAAGUGGAGGAUGCCAAGGAAAGCCAGAGAACAGCCAGCGCCGCCUCCCAUGCCAUCCAGCAGACGCUAGGCGGUGCCUCAACCUCCUCAGCAUUCCUAUGUGAAAACGGGGGCCCUUCAUCUUCAUCAUCAUCUUCAUCUGCAUUUGCAACAGUCAGCACGAUCCCAGUUAAAUCAUCUGAUAGCGCCUCGUCUUCCAAAGCCGUCUCCGACAUCUCCCACCUCGUCAGGAAAAAGAGGAAACCAGAGGAGGAGAGCCCAGUAAAGGACACUGAUGCUAAGCAGGCGAAACAGGAAGCCACAGUUAAUGGCAGUGGGGGUUCUAGUGCCAGCAACGGCAAUGGAGUCCAGGAGGAAAAAUCACAGGAGCCUGCCAACCAGUCAGCCUCUGUCAAGUCUUCGGCGUGAUGAUCCUCGCCUCCUUUCCUGAUCUUCAAAAACCAGCACAGCAUGCCUGUCGAGCCCCUCCACCUACAACACUUUUGUUUUUGUAAAUAAGAUCCAUUUUCAUAGAUUUGUCUGUCCAGUUUUGUAUACUUGUAGUAAAAAAAGAAUAAAGAAUUUGCAAAAGUAA